AUGCAUCCCAGAUCACACGAGUCUCGCGGAGCGAUCACAUUUUCUCAAGAAAUCUCCAAAGAAGCAGUGUUGUCAGGCACUUCCUUCGUGCGCACGGAUAAAGACAAUUCUCUCCGGUAUCCCAUUGUAGAAGUGUACCGAUCCCCUGACGUGGUGAACUAUUCAGUAGAUGUUGAAGCGGAUCAAGCACAAUAUUCGCAUUUUGGGAAAGUGGAUAUUAAAGUGGUAACGGAAGUGGAAACUGAUAAUAGUACACGGUAA